GUUUCCUCCCUGCCUCACUCUUACGCUCGCUUUAUAUGAGUGUCGACGCCGCUCAAGGAGAUGCUCCUCCGAGACGGGUUCCCGGAUGCCUUCAUAAGAGUGAACUUUAUUGGCGAGAUCGUCAACCCUGGCUUCAGAAACACGGUUAUUUGCUUCGUCCAAGAUAUAGCCCAGAUUGGAGGCCGUCUUGGGAAGGAACCAAGAAGUGGUUCUUUACCUGCGAAGAUGGACAGGCGCUGCAUCAUCCGUCCGUUUUGGAUGCCACCCGUAAAUCUGAUGGACGCUUUGUAAUGCUUAAAAAGACUUCAAAAGAAGUACAUCCGCAUGAGGCUGAAAUCGCACAGUACUUCUUAUCGCAACCGCUCAGUGCCGAUUCGCGAAAUCACUGCGUACAGAUCAUUGAAGUUCUACAGGAUCCAGAGGAGGAUGAUACUCUCAUCAUAGUGAUGCCCUUUCUCCGGCAAUUCAACGAUCCUCGUUUUGAGACGGUAGGAGAGUGUAUCGAAUUCUUUCGUCAAAUGUUCGAGGGAUUGCACUUUAUGCAUGACAACCAAGUGGCACACCGGGAUAUCAUGGAGCUGAACGUCAUGAUGGAUCCCAAUCCUAUGUUUCCCGAUUCGUUCCAUCCAAUUAGUCAAGAUAGGAAACGGGAUUUUAGUGGACAGGCCAAACGCUUCACUCGUACAGAGCGACCUACAAAGUAUCUCUAUGUCGAUUAUGGCCACGCAAGGAAGUAUGAUCCCGCCGAAGGACCGCCACACGAGCUGCCCCUUUUCGGUGGAGAUAGAAGUGUUCCUGAAUUUCAAAACGACGGAUACGACAAACCAUACAGCCCUUUCCCCACGGACAUCUAUUAUCUGGGAAACCUGAUUCGCCAAUGCUUUCUACAAAGAUACACCGGCCUGGAAUUCAUGCACCCGCUCAUCUCCGACAUGGUUCUAGCCGAUCCCGCAGAGCGGCCGACAGCUGACCAGGUUGUCGAUCGCUUUGAGGAAAUUCGCCGCGGGCUCACAGCGUGGAGAUGUCGCGCUCGCAUUGUUUCCAGGAAGGAGGAUUCUGUGACUAAGCUAUUCAAAGACGUUAGGCACACGUUCCAGAAAGCCCGCUAUCUCCUCAAACGCCUCCCUCCCGUUCCGACACCUGGAAGAUAG